AUGGAAUAUCCCACUUGGGCAUUGACUGUGACCAAAUUUGACUAUAAAUCAGUUGUCGGUCUUUUGUUGACCUUUAUCGUUGCUGUUGUCACGACCAAAAUCCUACACGUUUUUACGAAGCGCUGCCCUGGCAUUCCCUCCGUUCCUUUUCACAUCUCGGUUUAUGAUGCCUAUCGCCGCGUGUCUGAAAUUGGUUUCCAUAACACUCGUCUUCGACCCGUGCUAGAAACCCACGGCGCCGUCAAUAUCUGGAACUCAGGUCAAUGGGUGGUUCUAGUGACUAAACCAGAGUAUGUGGUCCGUAUUCUACGCAAUGAACGCGUUGUGGCCAAAGGUGGCUUCUAUGGGAAAGUUCCUCAUAGUACAUUAGCGGGUCUUUUUGGCGAGAACAUCAUUGACUCACAUGGAGAGAUUUGGAAACAGUUCACCGGGAUCAUGAAGCCGGGUAUUCAGCGCACUCAUAGUAUCUCCUCUCUCAAGAUCGCUUCGUCUAAGCUUAUAGCGACAUUUAAACGAGAGCAACAGCAGGCGCCAUCCGGUCGCGGGGUUAUUAUCAAUGAUAUAAUUGAACGGUGGGCGAUUGACGUGUUUGGGGAAAGCUUUUUUGACGUUGAUUUUGGCGCCUUAAAUGGCGGCACUGUUCGGGCUCAAGAUGCUCUUUUGGCCAUCCUCUGGAACCUGGGGGGGCAUCUCAUCCACCUUUUCCCGGUGUUUGAAAGGAUUGGCUGGCCUCUACGACCAACAAGACCCUAUUGUUUUUCCAUGAUCCGAGAGCUUGAGGAGGCACUGAUCGACGUAACCGAGAAACUCAAAUACACCGAAACACUGCCGGGUCGAUCCGAAAAGCUAAUCUAUCGGUUGAAGCGAGCCCGCGAUAAUGGGCUCAUGUCGGACUUCCAUUAUCGCUCGAACCUUAAAAUGUUGUUCUUCGCUGGCCACGAAAACGUCAAGUUUGCAUUUAUAGCAACCCUGUGGGAGCUUUCUCAAAACCCUCAAAUACAAGAAAAGUUAUACCGGGAAAUUGCAGCACACAGCCCUUCUUCGUCCGACGAGGAUGACCUCAAGAACUUGUCCUAUCUCACCGCUGUACUCUCCGAAACCUUGCGCCUCUACCCCCCAGUCAGCCAGUUAAUCAAUCGCAAAACCUUGGAACCAGUUUACCUAGGAAAUGGCAUAACCAUUCCUGAAGGUACAUGGGUGGGAUGGACGGCAUAUGGCGUCCAUACCGAUCCGAAUACCUGGGGACCUACCGCCCACGAGUACCAACCGGAGCGAUGGGGGGAUGAUGUCCAUGCCAUCCAACGAGCCAUUAGCCAGCAACAGGUUCGAGGGAGUUAUAUUCCAUUCAACGCUUGGACUCGUAGUUGUAUUGGGUCUGAGUUUGCAUUGUUACAACUCCGAGUGACUCUCUAUGAAAUCGUCCGUCAUUUCGAAAUCACCAAUGCCCCAGAUUAUUAUUAUUCGAUCAAGAAGGCAAAACGCUUCUCUCGAGCCCUAUAA